AUGACAAAUAUUCGAAUAAUUCAAAUUUGGUGUUGGUGGUUACUAGUGCUUAUUCGAAAUAUUUAUUCAAAUAGUUUACCAAUUCAAUUUACGUCUUUCUGUAAUGAAUCGCUCACUCUAUCAUCAUCAUCAUUAUCAAUCAUAUAUAAUAAACCUUCAUCAUAUUCAACAUGUUGUAAUAUAACAUUAGUUAAAUCACCAUCACUGUCAGAUUCAUCUGAACAUAUAAUAAUAAAUAUUCUUAACAUGUCACAAAUGCAUCCAUCAUUAAAAAUCUAUGAUAAACAAAUAGAACUGAUAAAAUUUUCUAAUUAUUUAUCAUCUAAUCGAACUUAUCUUAAAUCAAAUAUAUUAAAUUUACCAAUUAUUUUUAGUUUAUGUCAAUUUGAUAUUCAAUCAUUUGAGAUAUUAAUAACAAAUAUAUUAAAAGCACCAUGUAAAUCAAAUCAAUAUCGUUGUGUAAUACCUAAUCAAGAUGAAUGGUGUAUCGAUGAAACUUAUCAUUGUGAUGGUUAUCAUUCAUGUCCAGAAGGAACAGAUGAAUAUGGAUGUACAAAAUCAAUCGUAAGAAUAGCAUCCCAAAACAUAAAACGAACUAUACGUGGUGGUAUUGUAACCACAAUAAUUAUAUUCGGAUUAUUACUUAUUAUUUGUUCAGUUGGUAUUGCACUUGGCUUUGUUUAUUUUCAACGAAAACGUCAAAGACGAAGACAAUUUACUUAUUCGCUUGAAUCGACUAGUGAUGAUGGGGAAUCAUCAAAUACAGGUUAUCGUUUAUUUAAUAAUUGGAGUCAUAAUCGUCGUCUAACUGACAAUAAUAUUGAUACUGUUAUUAUUGAUGCUAAUGAACAUAUACCUAUUGCAACAAAUAUGACAAUUCGGUGA